UUACACUGUCAAUUGAAGACGGAUUCGGCACUCAGCUGAUACCCUAACCCUAAGGGCGUUAUAGGCGUGCCGUGAAAAUGUCUUCUUGUUUAUUAUCUCCUGUGAAAACUGAAAAACAGAUAUUCGAGGAUUCUAUGCCAGAGGAUGAUCCGAACUGUAAUUCAGAUGUGAUAAAAGAGGAUUUUAAACAGGAGGAUUUCACGAAACCACGCUGGGGCCCUAAUCAUGCUGGUGCUAAAGAACUGGCAAGCUUAUACACAAGAGGUAAAAGAAUUCAGGAAAUAAUUUCAGUGCUUCUGUGCCUUGCUUUGAUGGCAAUCAACUUUGUCCAUUUAAUUUACUUUUUUCAGCCUAGUCAGUGGAGCUCUAUUCUUAUAGCUGCCUUAUGUGGUGUGAUAUUAGCAGAUUUUCUGAGUGGUUUAGUUCAUUGGGGUGCUGAUACUUGGGGAUCUGUAGAUCUCCCCAUCGUUGGAAAAGCUUUUAUUCGUCCUUUUCGUGAACAUCAUAUUGAUCCCACAGCCAUCACAAGGCAUGAUUUUAUUGAAACAAAUGGUGAUAAUUUCAUGGUGCCCAUUCCAUUCUUAGCAUAUAUGGCCUAUCAAUUCUUCAGCUAUCCUGCGGAGAAAAUAUUUCGUAUUUAUCAUUGGAAUUGCUUCGUCUUCCUACUUGGUUUAUUCAUUGCCAUGACAAAUCAGAUUCAUAAAUGGUCUCACACAUAUUUUGGCAUCCCUUAUUGGGUUACCGUCCUCCAAGAUUUCCACAUCAUCCUGCCCAGGCGGCAUCAUCGCAUCCACCAUGUGGCGCCUCAUGAGACCUACUUCUGCAUUACCACAGGUUGGCUCAACUAUCCAUUAGAAAAGCUGGGUUUUUGGACUUGUUUGGAGUGGGCCAUUCAGACCCUUUUCAGCUGCAAGCCCCGGACAGAUGACCUCAAGUGGGCCCAGCGGAAGGACUAGCAGUGCCUAUUUUUUUACUCAUAUGUAUAUAUAUGCGUAUAUAUCAAUGGCGUGCCAUCUACUCACCUCAGGUUCACAUUACUUACAGGGUUCCCUUUUGCUCCCUACCCCUUCUUUGAGAUUCUCUUAUGUUAAAUUUUGAUUUAGUUCUUGAAUCAAGUUCACUUCUGAUUCUUAAAAUUGAGAUUAAUUUUCAUAUUUAUUAUGCUUUUUUUAAAUUAAAAUAUUUAUUUAAAUCAUAAUUUGGUAUCUCCCAGUUUUAUCAAAAAUUCUUUUUCAUUUCUUUUUCUUUGAACUGUUUACUGUUAUUUUUUAAAACCCCUAAAUGUAAUUUCUUGAUUUCAUGAUCAUAGACAAAUAUUUUUAAAAAAUUAUGCAUGGAUAGGCCGCCCUUCAUAAAAGAGUCAUAACUGCCAUUGUUAUGCAUUCAAAGAUGAAGCAAUCAAUAUAUUUUAAUAGUAACUUUUAGAAUAUACAUUUGCUAUUAAAACUAAGAUUAUUCC